UGCCGAUUAUAAGGCAUCCUUCCACCAAUAAUUUGGUUCUUAUAAUCAGUGAGCGCCAACGCUCAUCCUUGUUGAUAAAGAUGGCGGCAAUUUCUAAAGUUAUUCUGUUGUGUAUUAUUUUUAUUACGUUUCUUACAAUUGUUAAUUCAGCCAGGUUAAACGUUGGAAGGCUUCUUCUUCCUUAUAAUCAAGGUGUUCCAACCAAUUACACGCUAGAAGUUACCGGCGGCGGUUGUUACAAAUGGUCAUCAUCACGCCAAGAAGUUAUAUCUAUUACACCGGUGGAAGAAAAUCUUGAUCGUAUAUGUACAACCAAAGUCGUUUUGUCUGCUGUUUCUCCUUAUCAUGAUAGACAUUCUGUUAUUGUUGUUGCAACUGAUGAAGAUACAGGAUUAACUUUACGUUGUGAUGUGACCGUUGAUGUUAUUCAUUCUAUUUCAAUUGUUACAACUACAAGGGAGAUAUUUCUAGAAGAUGCUCCUGUAGCUUUUGAAGUAAAAGCAGAAAAUGAUCAAGGAGAUACAUUCUCUUGUCUUGAUGGUGUUUCAUUUCAAUGGAUUAUUACAGAUCGUUUUGGUAAACCAUCCGAAAAUAAUGUUUUGCGAUUUUUAAAGUUUGCUGAUUCUGCAUUUAAAACUCCUCCUGCUAUUGAUUUUUGGGAACAACAGGGAUUGCAUGGAUCAAAAGUGUUAUUAGAAGGAGUCAAAACNGGAAAAUUGACGCUCUACUAUACCAGUGAUCUUCAAUCAUCAGAGAUAACAUUAAUUGUUGUUGCAAAUUUAGUUCUUAAUCCACCUUCUGAUGUGUACAUAUUACCUGAAAUGACAAUUCAAUAUCAGGUAGAAUUAAUAAAGCAAAGAAAAGCUCAUAGACCCGCUUCGCUGGGNUUAGUAUUUAAAGUAUCACCAGGAAAUAAAUGGUCUCUACAGGAGAAGACAACAUAUACAGUUUAUAUUGAAUUAUAUGAUUCAAAACACCACCAAAUUUAUCUAUCAGAUAACAUAAAAGUGGAGGUUACAUUUUCCAAUUUGCAUUUCCAAGUUUCUUAUUCAUCUGAUAAUGGAACAUAUUAUGUUGUUCAAACUCUUGCACCUGGUAGCUGUCAGAUUCAAGGAGAAAUUAAAGGAAUUACAAAGGUUAGUUUAUAUAUAAUAGAUGUUGGCUUUUGGGAAGCAGAUGCAGUUACUUUUGUUGUAGUUGAUGAGGAGUUUGUUGUUCUCGCUCCAAUCAUAUACUGCUUGGAGGACCACGUUGGAGAAGGGUUGGUCCUCCUCAGUAUGAGGGGUGGAGUGGCUCCUGUUUCUGAUGUCGCUGUGGUUGUUGUUGUCCAACAGCGGGUCGUCUGUAGGAAACAGUUCCUUGAAGAUAGCCUGUUACAGAACAUAAAAGUGGAGGUUACAUUUUCCAAUUUGCAUUUCCAAGUUUCUUAUUCAUCUGAUAAUGGAACAUAUUAUGUUGUUCAAACUCUUGCACCUGGUAGCUGUCAGAUUCAAGGAGAAAUUAAAGGAAUUACAAAGAAUGGCAAACUACUUAGGAUUUUAUCACCUGUCAGUGGUUAUCAGGAAGUAACAAUAUAUCAAGCUGUUCGUGUCUCUCCAUCAGUUGUUCUGUUGCCAUGGAAUGAUCAUAUACAGCCAAAAUAUUUUGUUGUUUUAAAAGCUACUGGAGGAACAGGUUCAUAUAAGUGGCUAUCUUCUAAUAAUAGUAUUGCAAAAAUAACUCAUGAAGAACAUUUAGACAGAAUUCAGAUAGUUACUCAUACUAUUGGAAAUGCCAGUAUAACUGCUGUAGAUCUUCAGAAUUCACUUUUUAUAGAUUCUGCAAAGAAUGGCAAACUACUUAGGAUUUUAUCACCUGUCAGUGGUUAUCAGGAAGUAACAAUAUAUCAAGCUGUUCGUGUCUCUCCAUCAGUUGUUCUGUUGCCAUGGAAUGAUCAUAUACAGCCAAAAUAUUUUGUUGUUUUAAAAGCUACUGGAGGAACAGGUUCAUAUAAGUGGCUAUCUUCUAAUAAUAGUAUUGCAAAAAUAACUCAUGAAGAACAUUUAGACAGAAUUCAGAUAGUUACUCAUACUAUUGGAAAUGCCAGUAUAACUGCUGUAGAUCUUCAGAAUUCACUUUUUAUAGAUUCUGCAAAGAUCUCUAUACAGAUUGUUGCUAGUAUCAAGUUUUUGAAUGCAACUGUUGAAACUGAAAUUGGACAAUCUGUUAUUUUACCAUUAGCAAUCUAUGGGUAUGAAUCUGAAGGUAGAAUAAAAAUGUUUAAUAAUUGUUCUGAAAUACCAAUUGAAGUAGAUGUUAAUUUAGAAAAAUUCAGUUAUAGUGAAGGAACAGAUAUAGUUAGCACAGGCUGUCGUGCUCUUCAGUUUACGUGUAAAGCAAUUGGAUAUUCUGAUGUUGUUGUCCAUUAUGAUACAGGUGAAGGAAUUAUAAAUGCAACAUCUACUAUUGCUUGUCAUAAAUUGUUACAGCCAAUAUAUCCUAAGCAGUUUGCAGUGUUGGCUCUUGGUUCUUCAAUGGAAGUUGCAUUUGAAGGUGGACCAAGACCUUGGCCUUUGGAUUUGCAGGGUCAUUAUAUUCACAUGAGAACAAGUUCUUCAAAAAUAACAGAAAUUACUUUGUUUGAUUCUCAACAUUAUCAUAAAGAUGUUCAUGUUGCAAGAGUAACUUGUAAGAGUAUUGGUGAAUCUAUGUUGGAUGUAACAGUCGGCAAUCACCUUUCUUUAAAAAAUCCACUUCCUGUGGAAAAUAAAGCUUCUGUUAGAAUAAUAUGUGCUGUUCCAAAAAGCAUUCAACUGAUUCCAAAAAGAAAAGAACCAAAAGGGAAAAAAUACCCUUGUCAAUUAUUAGAAACAGAUGAAAAACUACCUGUACAUUGUUAUCAGGAUUUAGAAAUUGAGUUGUGGGUAAAAGACAGUUUAGGAAGAAAAUUCUCUAACAUAUCAUCAUUAAAUGUUCAUUGGGAGUUAUCAGAUGAAAAUUUAGGUAAAUUAGAAAAUAAAAUGAAUGUAAUAACAGAAGUUACAAGUGUUGGUGGUUUUAGAAAAGCCAUUAGAAGUAUUCAGAAACUUCAUCCCUUUGAAAAAGAAGGCUUGUUGAUUGUAAAAGUUGAGGUUGUUGGUUACAAGCAUGACAUUCUGUAUAGAGAAAAUAUUAAUGUACAGUGGAAUGUUAUUUCUACAAUUCAACAAUCUGUUAUUUUAGAACUUGUGAAUGAUGCUGAUAUUAUUCCUGAUAAAUUAUCAAUAUUUAAUCAUCCUUCUAUCAAGAAUUAUUUAAAUAUAGUGCAAGGAUCUGGUCAGUUUUAUAUAGAUAUGAGUAAUAAUAAAAAAGCUAAAGUUCAAUAUGUUAAGGCUACAAGAAAAAUUGAGAUUGCUCCAUUGGAAGAUGGAAGUUUUACUCUCACAGUUCAUGAUAUGUGUUUGGAAGCUCGAAAGACCAUCGCUGCCCAAAUUCAAAUUUCAGGCAUUUCAGCUAUUCGAAUACAUAUGGUUGAUAAGGUUGAACUUGGAAAAUCAUUUACAGCAACAUUAGAAAUAUUAGAUGAAGAAGGUCAUCGUUUACCAACAUCAUUGUUUCCACUUAUUAAUUUGAAACCAAUCUUGACGUCAAACAUCAUAGCAGUUAAAUCUGAAGCAGUAAAAGAUGAUAAUCAAUAUCAGGCAUUUUAUGUGAUAACUGGACUUUCUCUUGGUCAUACUUCUGUAAUUUUCACUGCAGCAACUGAUGCAGAAUCAAGUACAAAAACCAUUUCUAGUGAAUCCUUUCCUAUACAAGUAUUUCCACCUCUUCGUAUUGAACCAAAAAAUCUUACAUUGAUUGUAGGAGCAACAUUUCAAGUGAUAUGUUCUGGUGGACCUCUACCUCAAUCUAAUGUUGAAUAUAGCAUUUUAGAACAAAAUAUUGCAUCAGUGAACACUGCAGGAAUUAUCACUGCUUCAAAAUUGGGGAAAACUACAUUGACAGCAAAAGCUGUUGGACAUGAUAGGAAAACAGGUCAUUCUGUUGUAUAUUCUCAGGAUCAAGUGGUUAUUAAUGUGAUAUUGUUAAAAGGCAUCAAAAUCAAAGCUCCUUUAACAAGAUUGGAAAUAGACACAGAGAUGCCAGUUUAUGCUGUAGGUAUUACUGAACAAGAGGUACCAUUUGCUUUUGGAAGUGCAUUUCCUAAUCUCAAUUUCAAUUGGUCUGUAUCUAAUCAAAAUAUUGUUCAAUUGAGAAGUGUCUUUCAACAGAAUGAUAUUCAACAGUCUAAUGAGAAUAAUUUUGCCAUGAGAGUUCUAGCCAAACAAGCUGGCCAUGUCACAUUGCGUCUUGAUGUAUCUCCAGUAGAACUUUCUUCAGGCGUAUUUUCUCAGAUAAUCCAGAAUUCUCAGUUAUCAGCAGAAGUACAAAUAGAGAUAUAUGAGAGACUUGAAUUGUUAAUUCCUGAAAUUGACAAUUCCAAGAUACUAAUGUCACCACACUCGCAGAAGAAACUAAGAAGUAAUAGGGAUGGCUUUACUCGUGUGACGUAUGCAUUGCUUUCACUCCGUUCUGAGCCAGAUCCCGAUGUAACAGUUGAUAACUCAGGAUUGUUGAAGUCUGGAUCAAAAACAGGCUCCAUACAAGUUGUUGUUACAUCUUAUGAAGAUUUUGAUGUUAAGCAAUGUCUGACUGUUCUUGUUGAAGUUAAACUAAUUUCAUACUUGUCUGUUGGUAUUCAUACUAUAAUCAAAACUGACAGUUGGCCACUUCCAGUAAUUCCUUUAGGACUUACUAUGACAAUGGAAGUUCAUUUCCACAGUGAUACUGGAAGAAAGUUCAAUGCUUUGAAUACAUCCUUGAAAUUUAGACCAAGCAGGGAUGGCUUUACUCGUGUGACGUAUGCAUUGCUUUCACUCCGUUCUGAGCCAGAUCCCGAUGUAACAGUUGAUAACUCAGGAUUGUUGAAGUCUGGAUCAAAAACAGGCUCCAUACAAGUUGUUGUUACAUCUUAUGAAGAUUUUGAUGUUAAGCAAUGUCUGACUGUUCUUGUUGAAGUUAAACUAAUUUCAUACUUGUCUGUUGGUAUUCAUACUAUAAUCAAAACUGACAGUUGGCCACUUCCAGUAAUUCCUUUAGGACUUACUAUGACAAUGGAAGUUCAUUUCCACAGUGAUACUGGAAGAAAGUUCAAUGCUUUGAAUACAUCCUUGAAAUUUAGACCAAGCAGCAUAUCUACCUGUAAAAUGACUAACCAGAACAAUUUUGAAGUUUGGGAUGCAAUCAAUCCUCAUCUUGUUGAUUAUAUAAAUAUGAUUAUUGGCACAGCAAUAGAUCCAAUUGAAACUUCCUUAACUAUAGGUGAUAUUGUUUGUUACAGUAGCCCACUAGUAACUCAAGAAGGCCAACAUGGUUCUUGGUUUUCAACUAAUAACGUCAUGGUUAUUCAUCCAACAACAGGCAUUGCAGUUGCUCAAAGAGUAGGAACAGAUACAGUUCAUUACAAUGUGUCUAAUGUCCUUGUUACUAACAUACAGGUCAAUGUAAAGCCAGCUUCUGUUAUCAUUAUUGAUAGAACUGCAGUAAAGCAUAUCAGUAACGUUCCACGAGAAAAACCAUAUAUAAUCCCCAUUCUUCUGAGAAGUGAGGCAAAUCAAAAGAUGUCUAAUUUGUUAGGUAAAAACUGUAGUCAAGAAGUUAUAAAUAGUGCAUCAUUCAUUUUAAAUCAGUUUCCCUUUAAUUGUGAAUUGUCAUUAGUAAAACCUAGCAUUGACAUAUCUAUCAAUGAUAUAUUUCAAACAAUGAUUGGUUUUGAUUGGGAGAAAGGACAAUAUUAUUGUGGUAUUUUGCCCAUAAAUAAGGCAUCAUUUCAUGACAUCAGCAUGUUGAAUGCUGAAGUUAUACUUCAUAUUCAACUGUUAGAGCAAACAGGAAGGCAAACUGUUCAAACUACUGCAAUGUCAACAGCUAAAACAAUAAACUUCCCAUUUUUUCCUGCAUUUCAUGUCUUCCUGGAAGAACUUGUGUUAAGUAAUAUACAACCUGUUGGUACAGUUGCAGUUUCAGCCAUUUCUUCUAUACAAGAAUGUAUUGCUGUGAUUCCCAGCGAUAGCAACCUUCUAGAAAUACAUCAGCCAAAAACUGAUUCAAAUCAUCCAUACACAUUAAUGUUUCCAGUUGCAAUAAGGGACAUAAGUAGUCUUUGGCAGAUGGAUGUAUUAACAGCAAGUUUACAUCUGGAAAUUUCUUGUUCGCUCACAAAGCAAAUGGUUAUUAUUCCAGUUAAAUUGAAGCUUAUUGGUCUGAAAGAUGGUGUUCAAUGUUCACCAGUAACUUAUAAUGUAGGAUGGAAAAGUGCUGCACAAAUUUUAUGGGAAAAUUAUCAGUCUUUCAUGAUAACAGUACUUUCAAUUAUCGGCACAAUUGCUGCACUUUUUAUCGGAUAUCGUUCCUUAUUAAAUAGUAGAAGCCAAAUUUUAACUACAUCACAGCCAAAUGUGUUCGUGCGUUCAUACGGUGAAAGUUAUUCCCCAUCUACCUCUUUACCAUACUCACCGUGGAGAAGUACACCCUCGGGAGACUCACCCCACAUGCAAAAUGCAUCUAGGCCUCACCUUUGGAGCGUAGACAACAGAGUUCCAGGAGGUCAUUCUCCACCAAUACGAACAUUACACACAUCACAGUAACCAGAAGUGAUAAGUUGGUUCUAGUUAGUUAUCUUUUACAACAAUAUGUGCACUCAAAAUUAAGAUGUGCCUUGGAUUAUCAUUUGUGUUACUUGAGAUAAAUAUGACUUUGCCUUUUUGUCACUGCCAUUUAAAAAAAAAAAAAAAGUCGAAGCGAGUCAAAAUGUGGAUUUAGGCAAA